GGAACCUUGUCUCUCCCGCCGUUGUACCACCUGCAUGCACGGAUGAUCACUGCAAUCAGGUGUACCGAGCUUUUUGGCGACGACCUGAGUCGAGUCCUUGGGGUCACAGUGCUAUACCUGGUGUGCAUUAUCCUUAGCUUACAUUCUUCUCUGACAUAGGUAAGUAGACCAACGCAAGCUGAAGCAUUCUUACUGCGCAAUAAAAGCUUUGUGUUGUCGAGAUCUGUUUGGCUUUCCAGUAUGUCAGGAUCAGCAAAGCCAAGGGUUCUUCACAUUGGUGAUCCAGUCGAACAUAACCAUGAAUUGUACAAUCGACUGGCAACCGAAUUCGAUUUUGUCCGCCCAGCAACCGACGAGCGAGAGCGGGAACCGUUUAUGAAAGCCUUGAAGGAGAAGAAAUGGGGUGACUUCCAUGCUAUCUUCCGUCCCUUUUGGAACAACGGAGGCGAAAUGGGCCAGUGGGAUCAUGAACUUAUCUCGUUGCUGCCAUCCUCGGUGAAGGUCUUUGCCAGUGCUGGCGCCGGAUACAACUGGGCCGACGUUGAUGUGUUGGCGGACCACGGUAUCCUUUAUUGUAACGGCGCCGCUGCGUCCUCUGAAGCCGUUGCCGACAUGGCUAUCUACCACAUCAUCAGCGUCUUCCGGAACUUACAAUGGAGUCAGCUUGCAGCUCGCUCAUGCGAUCCGGAUCAAUUCUUGGAGGCGCAUAAGUUCGCCACCAUGACUGCUUGCAACCCUCGAGACAAGAUCCUCGGAAUCGUAGGCCUUGGCAACAUAGGCUACACCAUCGCGAAGAAAGCUUACGCGUGUUUCGGCAUGCAGAUCCAUUAUCAGGACCUGUACCGUAAGACUCCAGAACAGGAGAGCGCUGUUGGAGCGACCUUUCACCAAUCCCUCGACGAGAUGCUUGGGGUCGCAGACUGUAUAGUCCUGGCUGCACCAUUCUCCGGCGAGACGUUGAUAAAUGCAGCGAAGUUGUCAAGAUUCAAGCGCGGAUCAAGGUUAGUUAACAUCGCUCGCGGUGGCCUGAUCGAUGAAGACGCUCUAGUAGCUGCGUUGGAAGAUGGGCAUCUAUUUGCGGCGGGGCUCGACGUCCAUGCAAACGAACCUCACGUGCAUCCUCGGUUGGCAGGCAUGAGGCAAGUCAACGUGACGUCUCAUAAUGCUGGGGGCGCAAUCGACACCAGGAUCGGUUUCGAGCGGUUGGCAAUGGAGAACAUUGAACGCGUCCUGACCGGCAAGGACGCGAUAACGCCAGUCAACAAGCACUUGCUGAAGGUGAAUUGAAUCUUUCGAGGGUGCUGGGCUCAAUAGCGCGCAUAUCAUCAAGCGUCGUAUUAGACGCGACGGGGAUGCUGGAGAAGAAGAUUGAGGAGUUGUUUAGUAGCGCACGGAUUUCGCUGGUUGUACAGUUCUUGGUGCUCAUCAAGACUCAAUGACUUUAAUUCUAGUCUAUACAAAUCUUCACAUUAUGUACAGUAAACACACCUUCC